AACACUUACUAAUUAAUUCCUGUAAGUCAACCUUUCGUCCUACGAUGAACUUCUCCACCAAACAAACAAACCCCACCGGAGCCAAGGGUUUUGAGUUGCCGGCAAGUGGAGGUUGAUUUAUGCUGCUUCCUCAUCGAUCUGUAAAACUAAAGGUUUAUAGAAAUGGCUGACUCUGAGGAUAUUCAACCCCUUGUUUUGGACAAUGGAACUGGAAUGAUGAAGGCGGGGUUUGCGGGUGAUGAUGCUCCUAGGGGGGUGUUCCCCAAUAUUGUGGGUAGGCCACGACACACUGGUGUUAUGGUGGGCAUGGGUCAAAGGGAUGCUUAUGUAGGAGAUGAAGCCAUUUCAACAAGUUGUAUUUUGACUUUGAAAUACCCUACUGAGCAUGGUGUUGUCAGCAAUUGGGACGAUAUGGAAAAGAUUUGGCAUCACACUUUCUAUAAUGAGCUUCGUGUUGCUCCUGAAGAGCACCCUGUGCUUCUUACUGAGGCACCAUUGAAUCCAAAGGCAAACAGAGAGAAGAUGACAGAAGUCAUGUUCGAGGCCUUCAAUGUUCCGGCAAUGUACGUUGCAAUAGGGGCAGUGCUUUCUUUGUAUGCGAGUGGUCGUACAACUGGUGUCAUGUUGGAUUGCGGAGAGGGUGUUUCCCACACGGUUGCAAUUUACAAAGGUUACGUACUUCCUCACUCCUUACUUCGUCUAAAUCUCGCUGGCUAUGACCUCACGGAUUACCUAAUAAGAAUCCUGACCGAAAGAGGCUACACUUACAACACAACAGCAGAACAAGAAGUUAUCCGUGACGUGAAAGAAAAACUUGCAUACGUGGCGCUUGACUACGAGCAAGAACUCGAAACCGCAAGAAGUAGUGCCUCCGUUGAAAAGAACUAUGAGCUGCCCGACGGGCAGGUUAUCACGAUUGGGUCAGCGAGAUUCCGUUGCCCGGAGGCUCUCUUCCAGCCAUCUCUGAUUGGAAUGGAAGCUGUUGGUGUUCAUGAGAUGACCUACAACUCCAUCAUGAUGUGUGAUGUUGAUCUAAGAAAGUACUUUUAUGAAAAUAUUCUGCUUAGUGGUGGGUCAACUAUGUUCUCUGGCUUUGCUGACCGGAUGAGCAAGGAAAUCACUUCCCUUGCCCCUAGCAGCAUGAAAAUCAAGGUGUUUGCACCUCCUGAAAGGAAAUACAGUGUCUGGAUUGGAGGAUCAAUCCUUGCAUCUCUCAGUACCUUCCAACAGAUGUGGAUCUCAAAGGCCGAGUAUGAUGAGUCUGGUGCAUCUAUUGUCCAUAGGAAAUGCUUCUAAGCAUGUGAAGUAAGAAAAGCAGACAUGGACAUAUGUGAAGUCGUUAACAAAGAAGAUAAAUAUCAUUUCCAUUAUCUGCUCACCAUCAUCACCACAGCCACAGCCACAGCCACUGCCACCGUCACCACAACCACCAACACCACGGCAUCACCAACCACCAUCGCCCGCCGCCACCAUAACCACAACCACCACCACCACCAUUACUGUUGUGUUCUUUCUUUGGUUUUGUGUUGUAUCUUAAUAUCCGGUUUAAGUGUUUGUUAAUAUCAUAUUAUUGAAACUGAUAAUAUUUAUUGCUUGGUUAGGGCUAUCUUAAACUACCAUUAGUUGAUGAGUAUCUGUUUCCUUCUUUAUCAGUUUGUUCAAAAUAUAUAUAUUGCAAAAUAAUUUUUUACGUCCA